AUGAGAGACAUGACAGAGAUAAGAUCGAAUCUGGAGACGGAAUCUGAUCUUUACGCCGAGGAGGAAAUAAGUAUAGUUCCACAAGUGGAGUUAACCGUGCCUAAAACCGAUGAUCCAACUGCACCGACGGUUACAUUCAGGAUGUGGGUUUUGGGGAUAACCGCGUGUGUCCUCUUGUCAUUUGUUAACCAGUUCUUUUGGUACAGAACCAAUCCUUUGACCAUCUCAUCUGUGUCUGCUCAGAUUGCUGUUGUUCCCAUUGGUCAUCUGAUGGCUAAGGUUCUUCCGACAAGGAGAUUCUUCGAAGGGAGUAGGUGGUCUUUCACGAUGAAUCCUGGUCCGUUUAGUACCAAAGAACAUGUUCUUAUUACUGUGUUCGCAAACUCUGGCUCUGGAGCUGUUUACGCUAGUCAUAUUCUUAGUGCUGUUAAGCUUUUUUACAAGAGAAGGCUUGAUUUCCUUCCUGCUUUACUCAUUAUGAUCACAACUCAGGUGUUGGGAUUUGGUUGGGCUGGUUUGUAUAGGAAACAUUUAGUUGACCCUGGUGAGAUGUGGUGGCCAAGCAAUCUCGUUCAAGUAUCUCUCUUCAGAGCGUUGCACGAGAAAGAGAAGAAAUCGAAAUGGGGAGUUACUAGAAACCAGUUCUUCGUCAUCACUCUAGUCACCAGCUUCUCUUAUUAUAUUCUUCCUGGUUAUCUCUUCAGCCUCUUGACCACCGUCUCUUGGCUAUGUUGGACUAGCCCUAAAUCUAUUCUAGUAAACCAGCUCGGUUCAGGGUCAACUGGUCUCGGUAUCGGUGCCUUUGGUCUAGACUGGGCAACCAUUGCGUCUUACCUCGGCAGCCCACUCGCUAGCCCGUUCUUUGCCACAGCAAAUAUAGCGGUCGGGUUCUUUCUUCUCAUGUACGUAAUCACACCCUUAUCCUACUAUCUAGACUUCUUCAACGCCAGAACUUUCCCAAUCUACUCAGGUAAACUCUUUGUAUCCAACGGACAAGAAUACAAGGUACGGAGCAUCAUCAACGACGAGUUUCGUCUUGACCGUAAGGCUUACGCAGAGGCAGGACCUGUCCACAUGAGCACUUUCUUUGCUGUUUCUUACGGGUUAGGUUUCGCUACCUUGACGGCUAGUGUUGUCCAUGUCUUGCUUUUCAACGGUAAAGAUCUUUGGAACCAAACCAAAGGAGUGCUUCGUGGAAACAAGAAAAUGGAUGUACAUACAAAAAUAAUGAAAAGGAAUUACAAAGAAGUUCCUCUUUGGUGGUUCCUUUCGAUUUUCGCGGUGAAUAUAGCAGUUGUUAUCUUCAUGUGUUUUUACUAUAAGACACAGAUUCAGCUUCCUUGGUGGGGAGCUUUCUUGGCUUGUUUAAUAGCUAUCUUCUUCACUCCUCUAGUUGGUGUGAUCAAGGCCACUACUAACCAGGCUCCGGGUUUGAAUAUUAUCACGGAAUACAUCAUUGGGUAUGCUUAUCCAGAGAGACCUGUUGCUAACAUAUGCUUCAAGACUUACGGUUACAUUAGCAUGUCUCAAUCUUUGACUUUCCUUGCUGAUUUGAAGCUUGGAGCUUACAUGAAGAUCCCACCAAGAACCAUGUUUAUGGCACAGGUUGUGGGAACCUUAGUAGCAGUUAUAGUUUACGCAUCAACAGCUUGGUGGCUAAUGGCCGAGAUCCCAAACCUCUGCGACACUUCUCUACUUCCACCAGGAAGUCAAUGGACAUGCCCAACUGAUAGAGUCUUCUUCGACGCAUCAGUAAUCUGGGGACUUGUAGGACCAAGAAGAAUGUUUGGUGAUCUUGGAGAAUACGCAAACAUAAACUGGUUCUUCCUAGGAGGUGCAAUAGCUCCAGCAUUGGUCUACUUAGCUACAAGAAUCUUCCCAAAGAAGAAAUGGAUCUCAAACAUUCACAUUCCAGUUCUGAUUGGAGCCACGGCUAUAAUGCCACCUGCUACUGCGGUUAACUUCACGAGCUGGCUUGUUGUGGCGUUUGUGUUUGGACAUUUCGUUUUUAAGUACAAAAGAGAAUGGUGGCAGAGAUACAACUAUGUUCUGUCUGGAGGGAUGGAUGCCGGAACUGGAUUUAUGUCUGUGCUUUUGUUUCUUAUGUUGCAACGUAGUGACAUUACGCUUGGUUGGUGGGGAAAUUCUGGUGAAGGUUGUCCUAUUGCUAAAUGUCCAACUGCAAAAGGUGUGAUUGUUCAUGGUUGUCCUGUCUUCUAA